GAAGCCGCCAGCUCUAAAAAACUUGUGCGCACUGGGACCCCAUAAAUUUAAGUGAAUAUGUAAAAUUCCAAAAAAACCUAAGACUGGUGGUAUACAUAUUUCUUUAGUUAGCAUUGCUUUAGUGAUAGUCUAUUUAAGAUUUCAAUGAAGUAGUUAUAAGCGAAAUAUUGAGAAUAUAAAAAAAAUGUAUCGAAGGAAAAACAAAACGGUAUUUGACCACACUGACAGCCCCUAACUUUUUGCUAAGAUAUUGUUAAAUUAGUAUUAAAAGUCUUAAAAGGGGAAUAACGCGAUGAACACUCUUUUAAAAUUAAAAUUGCUAAGAGGCAGUUCUCGCAGAGAGAAAAUAGAACGCAGAAACCUCCGAGAUGUAUCCGAUUGUGUAAAUAUGCCUGAUUCGUAUUUACUCAAAAACUGUGGAGUUAACCGGAUGGUAUUCCAUCGAAUUCUACUAAUAUUGGAGCCUGUUGUUCCUAAGACACAAAGGUCAAAUGGUAUACCGUUCCCUUUAAAGGUACUACUGACUUUGUCAUUUCUGGCUAGUGGGUCCCAUCAGAAGUCAGUGGGAAAAGAUUUCAAUGUCAGUAUUUCACAAAAAUCAGUGAGUAGAGUUAUCAAGAUCAUUGUGGAAGGGCUCAACUUCGUUUUGGAUAAAUGGGUGGUAUUUCCAAGUAGUUCUCUUCAGAGGGAACAAAUUAAAGAUGGUUUUUACAGGAAGUAUCACUUUCCUGAAACCAUUGGAUGCCUUGAUGGCACUUAUGUUGAAAUAGUGUGCCCAAGGGAUGAUGAAGAAGCAUUUUAUGACAAAAAAUGCCAAUACUCCAUACAUGCACAGAUUUUGUGUGAUGCGGAUAUGGUGAUAACAGCAGUGUGCUGCCGUUUCGGCGGGGCGUCAAGCAACGCGUACAUCUGGCACAAGAUGAACAUUCGGCCUUUUGUCGAGUACGUCAGUAAGCAGGGCGAGACUGGCUGGAUUAUUGCUGACAGCAAAUAUCCGCAAAGACCAUGGCUUAUGACACCAAUCCCCCACGCACCCCAAGGCACGCCAGAAUCCCAGUACAACCAUUUCCAAGCUCGCACGAAAUCCUGCAUCAACCGCUGCAUUGCGAAUCUCAAGGGCCGAUGGCAGUGCCUCUAUAAAAGACCCCUACAUUACUCCCCCCAACGAGCCGCGAAAAUUAUUAAUGCUUGUGCUGUGCUGCACAAUCUUUGCACAAAGGCUGGGUUGGACACGGAGCCUUAUGUAGAAACUGAGAUGCUUACGAUGAAUGAAGCUGGUGAACUGCCUGAAGAUAUUAAUGACUUUUAUAUUGGUAUGGAAGUAAGACGGGAGUUGGCGGAAAGAAUUUAUUAUAGUGUUUAAGACACUGUUUGAAAAACAAUAAAUGUAACUCUGUGGUUCCCGGAAGUUAAGAGGGGCUUAAAAACAGGAACAAAAGAUUAGGCUCGCCGCGCGACAAAUGCGACGGUAGAUUUCGCGAUCGCGCGGGUUUUGACACUUCGUCAAAUCUCUAAAUGCAUACCUUUGUUUAAAAUUUUGCUACUCAAAUCCCUCGGCUAUAUUAUUAGUUAUUUUAUACUAAAAUUACACUGCUAUGGUACGUAGGGUAACGACAUACAAUUGAAAAUAUUUCGUGAUUUAUUCCAUCGAGCCAAUUUUCACUUUUCAAGGUUUUGCUUUUCAACAGUCUGCCCUCGCAAAUAGAGUUUAGUUUUUGACACAAUUUUUUCAUGAAAUUUGCUGCUCCUGAAAUUAAAGGUAUCAAAAUUAAAUAUAAAAACCGCAACUUUGCGUCAACCCCCUCAACGUAGUGAUUAUAUGCUCUUUGGCCCCCUCUUUAAGAUCUCGUCUCCAGACUUUUUCCGUUCUGGCUAAUUUAGUGCGAAUGUAAUAAAAGCCUCACUCAAGAAUAUCAACGAAGAUAUAAGGCUGUUGACGUAGUUUUGGCAUGAACUAUGUCCUUCACUAUCGGGCAUAGAAUUAAUCUCUGUAAUAUGACUCUAUAUUAAAAUGUUAAAUAUUAUUAUGUAUUAUGGAUAGAAAAUAAAACAAAAGACUGAUCUUAUGAAUUACAAAAAUACUUUAAUAAUUACGUAGUUGUUAUUCCAAAAUGAUUUUAACUCAUUAGUGCAUAAGGAUCUGCAUCUGCGCCAGCUGGCUGUAGGUGUCGCCGGGCAUUCUGUACGCGAUAUUGCCCGCAAAUGUGUUCAGCACCUCCGCCUGCUCUCGUAGCCAUUCCAAUUGCUGUAAUAAAAUAUUUUUGAAAAUAAUGCUUCAAUAUGACGUCAAUUAUCACUUUUGUCUGCCUGCCUGCUGUCUGCCUCUACAUUUAAUCAAUUGUUUCUUUUCUUUUAUCUUUUUACUGAAAUGUGCCAAUAAAGAGUAUUCUAUCUA